CUCCAAGGCCGAGAUUAGCCGCGAGAGGAGCUCUGGAAGGCGCCGCUAUCAGGGGAUCCGAGAUAAGAGCCGGGACACUCUUGUCUCCCUGUCUCCCUCCCUCCUUUUGGGGAUCCUCUUCUCAGAGAGAGAGAGAGAGAGAGAUACAGAGAGUUAGAUCCAUCCUCCUCCUCCUUUGGGCUUUCUCCGACCCUCCUUUCCCUGCCAUACGGAUGGGACCUCCUCGCCUGUUGCAGCCGCGUGCUUGAGAACUGCCACAAUUGCAACAACUCACAAGGAUUAAACAAGCUCUUCAUGUCCCAGGUCUGGCCAUCAAGUUUUCUGGCCCGCCCUGAUUGUUCUCCAGUGACUGUUCCUUCACCCUUCUGCCCCUUCUUCCAAAGGAUAUAAAAUGUACCAGAGCUUAGCUCUUGCGCCCAACCCUGGCCAGUCGGCAUACUCCCAUGAGUCCAGCAAUUUCCUGCAUUCGCCUACAAGCCAAGCAGUCUAUGUGCCCACCAGCCGGGUGCCCUCCAUGCUCCAGAGCCUGCCUUACCUGCAAAGUUGUGAACCCACCCACCAGGGCCACCCUCUGAGUGGCCACCCAGGAUGGGCACAGGCAACUGGGGCAGAAGCUUCACACUUCAAUGCCAGCAGUCCUCACCCAGCAUCGGGGUUCUCCUAUUCCCACAGCCCUCCUGGUGGUGGUGGCACUGGACGGGAUGGAGGCUACCAGAGUUCCCUUUUGCUAGGUGCCGGUGGACGGGACCAGUAUGGCAACACUCUGGUGCGGUCAGUCAAUGGAUCCUACUCCAGUCCAUAUCCUGGUGCAUACGUCAGCCCUGCAGAGAUGCCACCAUCUUGGACUGCCGGGCACUUUGAUAGCAGCGUCCUGCAUAGUCUCCAGUCACGACAAGGAGGCUUGCCGGGCAGGAGACCCACUUUCGAGUUCUUGGAGGAAUUCCCUGGAGAGAGUAGAGAGUGUGUUAACUGUGGAGCGAUGUCCACCCCGCUCUGGAGGAAAGAUGGAACAGGCCACUAUCUGUGUAAUGCCUGUGGUCUCUAUCACAAAAUGAAUGGCAUUAACCGGCCACUCAUCAAGCCACAGAAAAGACUGUCUUCAUCUAGACGUGCUGGUCUUUGCUGCACUAACUGUCACACAACCAAUACGACCCUCUGGAGACGGAAUGCAGAAGGGGAGCCAGUCUGCAACGCAUGUGGAUUGUACAUGAAGCUGCAUGGGGUACCAAGGCCUCUGGCAAUGAAGAAAGAAAGUAUCCAGACAAGAAAGAGGAAGCCUAAAAAUAUCACGAAAGGCAAAUCCUCAACAGGUUCCACAACUUCAACCACCAAUUCCCCUUCCUCUAUUACCAAUUCUGAAAGCACCGUCACUUUAAAAACUGAACCUGCUGUAACUUCGCAAUAUCCUGGACAGUCUGUAGUGCCAGCUCCACAGGGCCCAAACCAAUCUGAAGAUGCCUUGGCUGACAGCCAUCCCCAGUUCAAGUACGAACCAGAGGAUUACGCCUUUUCUUCCAACGCUAUGACCCAACAAUCAGGACUCAGCGUUCCCCUUCGUCAGGACUCGUGGUGCGCAUUGGCACUGGCCUAGGAAACCAGUCUUCCAUUUUGAAAUAAAACAUGCUGCGGAACAACCCUUGAUUCUCAUGCCAUCAGUGGACAGACGGACAAUGGACCUUCCUGCUGAAGCGCUUUGCACCUGAGGUUCCUUGUAAUCAGCAUAGUUCUUUGUUCCCAAAGACCAAUUUCUUUCCUUUGGCAAGAGGAUGCUUCACUCGAACACCACUUGAGAUGGGCAGACUGCCUUCUUCUUGGUGCGCCUGACUCUACCGACCUUUGGUUCUUUGAAAGCUUUUCCUGAUGUACAAUACCAAUCAAAAGCAAAAGAAACAGGGACUUCUGUGCUCAGUAGGAGGUCUCUCUUUUUCCCUGUGAUCCAUUCUUACAAGAGAAAUCCAGAAUCUAUUUUGUUCAGAGUGAUUUCCACCCCACCCUCUUUUUAAUGACCCCCCUGUGUGCAAUUUUACUCCACUUCCCAAUAAAAACUAUGAUAAAACGUG